AUGGAAUCUUUACAAUCAAUCAUAGCAGAGAAGCCAGAGAUGAGCACUCAAGCCAACGAGGCGAGGAUUGCGAUCUUGACUGAUCGCAUCAAACAGCUCAAAGACAUAUUUACAAAUACUGAACACUUACAGUAUUUUAAUCAGUCCCUCGAGAUGCGAAGGGAGAUAUUGGCAUUAACUCCACCGGAGGAUCACCAAAACAGAGCUCUUCAAUCACAUUUACUUAGCAAUGAACUCAGCGACCGAUUUGCCGAAACAGAUGAUCUCGGUGAUAUGGAAGAGGCCAUAGAGCUCGGGAUCCAGGCGUUGGAUCUUACGCCAGAAAGCGAUCCGCGAAGGAUUGUAUUCCUCAGAAGACUUGAGUUCCUAUUCGAAGAAAAAUACACAGAGACGGAAGACUUAGCCGACCUUGAUAAGGUCAUUCGCUACCAGAGACUCUCCAUCAAGACCACAGAGUCCAACAAUAGUUCGCUGAUGCCGGCCAGGUUGAUUGUUUUAGGAAAGAAGCUUGACAUGAGGGCCGAAGUAACAGGGGAAAUUUCCAAUCUGAACGAGAGUAUCGAGAUCUUCAGAAAGGUCGUUGAACUUAUGCCUGAGAGCCAGCUCGCAAAGAAAAGCCUGAUGCAAACCUUGUAUAGCCGGUAUACGUGGACGGGCGAGGUACAGGAUUUGGAGGAGUGCGUUGGAAUUCAUCGGCAGAUCACGACUGAUUCCUCAGACACGAAUAUGAGUAAAGUGGAUUGGAUGAUGACAAGAGCCAACUAUCUAUGUAUUCUGCAUGAAAGAACCGAAGACGAAGAGUAUCUUGAGGAGGCCUUUUCGGUAGCUGAUGAGGCAUUGACCUUGGUUCCCGACAUCAACUGGAAACCCAAAUGGCUACGUUGUCUAGGACGACUGUUCGGCUGCCAGUACCUAAAGACUGAAGGAAUGGCAGACCUUGAAGAAGCGAUCCGCCUAGAGAGAUUGGCACUCAAACUGAUGCCUAAUGGCGAGGAGGCAGGUUUCACCUUGACAAAUCUAGGGAACCGUCUGGGUGACAGAUAUCUGAGAACGGAUGAUGUUGCAGACAUUGAUGAAGCUAUUGACUGCGCCAGAAAGUCGUUGGACAUGGAGCCUGAGAAGCCAGAGCGACUCUUCAACCUGGCAAUCAAAUUGGGAGAUCGCUUUUCGAGCACCGAAGACUUGGACGAUGUCGAUGAGGCUAUUGAACUCGAGAGAAAGGCCAUACAAAUAAUGCCGCUGGACCAUUCGGAGAGAGCAGACUAUCUGUAUAUCCUUAGCGACCAGUUGGGUGAUCGAUAUGAGCAUACAGGAGAUCUAGCCGAUCUAGAAGAGGCCAUACAAAAUGCCGACGAAGCUUUGGGCCUGAUGUCACAAGACCAUGCACUCAGAGCAGCGUGGUUAAACGGCCUUGCUACCUGUUACUUGAACCUCUAUACCGCUACCGGAGACGAACAGUAUUUGGAAAACUCUAUCAAGGAUUAUGAACUAGCUCUUUAUCACGAUGCUUCAGCGACGGAGGAUCGCAUUACUGCUGGCCAAAUGAUUCUCUCCAACUCGUCAGACAAUCAGCAACUAUAUGAUACUGCAAAGCUCGCAGUAAGUCUUAUUCCGAAACUCGUAUCAUGGCCCCAUGAAAAUCAUGAUCGACAGUAUGUACUCAGCAAAGUAGUUGGGUUGGCCUCCGACGCGGCAGCUGCAGCCUUACAGGCUGGGCAGUCACCUAUGACAGCAUUGCAACUUCUCGAACAAGGUCGCGGUAUCAUUGGGGCGUCGCUCCAAGAUAUGCGUAGCGACGUUCAAGAUCUGGCAAGGCAGCAUCCAGGUCUAGCGGAGAGAUACCGCACUUUGCAAGCUGAGCUGGACCAGCGUGCCGAGCAUGGUAGACCGACAGACACGCAGUCGCAAGCUUCGAUCAACAGAAGACAUGCUGCUGCCAGGGAAUUCACCGAGUUGUCGGCUGAAAUCCGCAAGUUGCCUGGGUUUGAAGACUUUAUGCUCUCCCAUACAGAAGAUGAAAUCUACCGUGCUUCAGAGCGCGGCCCAAUCGCAGUGAUCAACGUCAGCAGGCUUCGUUGCGACGCUCUCGUUGUCUCGGACAGCCAGGUUCGUACAUUGGACCUGCCUAGCAUAACAUUGGAGGAACUUGAGCGGAGGGUAAAGCCUUGGACUCUCGCAACUUCGCAGACCCUUGAGUGGCUUUGGGAUACCAUCAUGAACCCCAUACUCAACAUGCUAGGUUUUACUGACAUUCCGACGGCGGGAAAGUGGCCCCAUGUCUGGUGGAUUCCAACAGGUCCUUUAGUUCAACUUCCACUUCAUGCAGCAGGAUACCAUAGACAACAAGGUUCUGAAGCAGUUCUUGACAGGGUUAUUUCUUCAUAUGGGUCUUCGAUACGAAACAUAAUUCGUGGUCGACGAGAUUCUACCAAGUCCUCUAACUCUAAUCAGGCACUGCUUGUGGCGAUGGAGCACACACCUGGUCAUGACACGCUUUCCUUUGCCAACGAAGAGGUUGAGUUGAUAGACGACAUGGUCCGCUCCAUGAAGCUCGACUCAAUCAUACCAACCCGCACUAAGAAGGAGGUUAUCCGGUAUCUUUCAGACUGCACAAUCUUCCACUUUGCUGGUCACGGCCUGGCUCAUACAGAAGACCCAUCGAAGAGUUGUCUCUUACUAGAAGACUGGGAGAAAGAUUCACUCAAGGUUUCUGACCUUUUAGAUCUAAAUCUUGGACAAAGAGCACCGUUUCUUGCAUACCUUUCGGCGUGUGGCACCGGCCAGAUCAAAGACGAGACGUCGUUUGAUGAGAACAUCAACCUUAUCAGUGCGUUCCAAGUCGCUGGGUUUAGGCAUGUUAUUGGUACGUUGUGGAACGUCCAAGAUGAUCUUUCUGUUGACAUGGCAAAGAUGACGUAUCAGGAGCUGCUCGACUCUGAUAUAACGGAUGAGUCGAUCUGCCGAGGACUACACAUGGCGACCCGUGAAUUAAGGAGACGGUGGAUAGAGAGGCACAAGAGUACCAAGAUUGGACAUACUCAGGAGUUUGACGGAAAGGGUACGCCGAACGAUCUUCUUUUUCGCUCAAAUAGAGACGCAUCAUUGAUCGGGAGUACGGAAAGUGAUCUAGGUUCGGCUGAUUGGGCACCAUAUGUACACUAUGGAGUUUAG